AUGAGACCUCGACUGUCGGCCGUGUUCUCCGCCUGCAUCCUCGCUGCAACGGCCGUGGGCCUGCUCGUCUUCAGGCCACCAGGAUGCCGCGCGGACAACGAGACCGAAGCCAAACUUGCCAAGCUCGUCAAGAUCUUCAGCAAGCCCGGGGCCUUUAGCCAGAUUAAUGCGAUUUUCGGGGAAGAGGAGGCAGCCGCGCAGCCGUCAAUGUGGCCGGGCUCGAGCUGUGUGGAUGGCGAGGAGGGCCUGGAAUGCAGACGUGCGGAGGCGCGACGCUCCGUCGAUUGUCCCCGAGGAGACUGCUACUGCUACAAUUGCUCCAAGGCUGGCCCCGAACUCUGGGCAUCUUGCUGCCGUGAGAGCCUCAAGUGCUGCUCUCACCUAGCCGCCGCUUGCCGCACAUGCGACCAGCCGCCGCUCUACCCUUUCUGCGCCAAGCACUUCAAGAAGUGCUCGAGUCAAUUGAAUGACAAGAAGUCCGCCUGAACGCCGCCGUAUCCACAGCUACACUAUAAAUUUUUUGCAAUUUUCAUGUAAUGGACUUGAUAAUCGUCGACUUACUUGAUUACUAGAAAUGAUCUGUAAAGACAACCCAAGGGAAAUACAAUGUGACCACGUUUUAAUUGGUUAUCACCUUAGCGAUUAACUAGUGGGGGGAAGGGGUCAUAAUUUAAAAUGAUUUAUAUUUUUUUAUUUUUUAUAAAUAAUUGUGCGACCAUUUCUUAAACAAUAAUAAGAGAAAGUCUGCUCCAAGUUAAUCCAUCGAAAAUGUGUUCUUCACAAAGUACGAUCGAUCGCUAUUGCAAGGUAAAAAGGAAGCAAAAAUAUUGUUAUUCGAGUUUUUUUUUCAAGCUUGUCAAUCUUGUUUAUAUUAAUAACCAUUCCUUCAUAAUUAUUAAAUGGUCGAUUAUGAUAUUGACAGAUACAACGAUACAACGGAUGCAUAUUA